GCACGGGACCACUAGAAAUGCAGAGUUUAGUUCACAUAUGAAAGGUCCACUCAGUUCUGAAAGUCUUACACACGGCAGUUACAGGCAUUCACUGGAUUUGGAGUCUCACUUAGAAAGAAGGACCCAUCAAAGUCUAGAAAGGGUCCCAUCGAAACGCCAUCACCAUGAAUGGCCUCAGACGAAAGAAGACUUUGAUCAGCACGACUUUGUCCCAAUGGAAAAGCCUCAACAGACCUGUGAGGAAGAUUGGUACAUCGGGACAUGUAAUCGAGCAGAUGCUGAGCACGCCUUGCACCUGGUGAACAAGGAUGGUGCAUUUUUGGUACGAGACUGCUCCACCAACAGCAACUUUGAACCCUUGGUAUUGGUUGUGUAUCAUGAGAAGAAAGUUUACAAUGUCAAAAUUCGGUUUGUCGAGAGCACAAAAAAGUACGCAUUGGGCACAGGAUAUCGUUCAAAUGAUAUGUUUGACUCUGUGGCAGACAUCAUCAAGUUCCACUCCAUAUUUCCAAUAACACUUGUCAGUGGGAGAACCGCGAUGGGAAACAAGUACCCAGACAACUGUGUGCUGACAUUUCCUAUAACAAAAGGGGAUGUUGAACGGUUGCUACAAUAACAUGUGAACCUUGCCAACAAAGAUUUGUCAAUGUGCUUCUUGUGUCAUGUGUGUUCACAGUUCCACAAAAACUGUAGCGCUGUCAUUCUGAGCAAGUUGGGGUGGAUGGAUUUUGUAA